CCAUGUGAGUGGAAAUUAUCAGAUGUUCACCGCUAUAAAGCCGGUAGCAGGUCUUUUUCGACAUCCAUUACACUUUAAAAAGAUAUUUUCUGGGUUCCCUACUCGUCUAAGAUAUUACUAUAAAAUCAGUUGUGACAUGAAGCUCUAUAGUGACAAAGGARACCCSAAUUUACUGCGUAUUUUGGUCGCAAAAAAUCUAUCUGGGCAAUMUGUKGACUUGAAAUAUCUUAGCCAAGAAGAAAAACAAAAAUUACCAUUACCAGGAAUUCACACCAAGUUACCAGUUCUUGAAUUAGAUGAUGGUCAUUUCCUGUUUAGUCCCAAUGCUAUUUGUAGAUAUUUUAUGGAAGGAAUUGCAAAGAAAAAGUUAAAUGCUGAACAAGAUGCUAUUGACAAUCAUUGGAUUGAAUGGGAAAACACACAUUUACAGCCAGCAAUUUUAUCCUGUCUGCAAUCAAACAACACCAAGCAAUCAAAAGGGAACCUGUCUGUUUUUCUGUCACAUUUAGAGCUAGCUUUAAAGAAWCAAAGACACAUUUCUGGGGAAAAGCCUGGUCUUGCUGAUGUUGUUGUUUGGAGUUCUUUAUAUCCUCUUGURUGCAGUGAACCUCAAAUAUUUGGUGCACAGUAUGAGAAUAUCAGGAAAUGGAAUUCAACAAUUGCAGAGCUUAAAGCUUUCAGUGAUGGAGUGGARGAAGGAAACUUUUCUUGUGCAACRUUUAAGGAGUUUUUCCAAAGCCAUUCCAAUUCRYCUACUGCAGCUUCUGAUUCACAACCAUCAGAUGAAAGUCAAAGACAGCCAAAAGCAAUUAAAAAUAAUAAGUCAAAAGGACAACAAAAGCCAGYUGCCACAAAAGUCAAUGGAACAGCUGAAGAGAACACAGGAAUCACCAUAACAAAGAUUCAAGCUUCCGCAAGUGAGAUCUCUGACUCUUUUAAUGCUUGGGUGGCAAGUAAUCACACGACUGCCAAGAAAAGAGAUCAUCCAAUAUUGCCCAUAGAGGGGGAGAAAAACAUUCUUAUCAGCAGUGCUCUUCCAUAUGUUAACAAUGUCCCUCAUCUUGGGAACAUCAUUGGCUGUGUCCUCAGUGCUGAUGUAUUUGCCAGGUAUUGUCGUCUCCGUGGUUAUAAUACACUAUACAUUUGUGGUACUGACGAGUAUGGUACAGCYACUGAGACAAAGGCCCUAGAAGAAGGACUGACUCCUAAGGAGAUAUGCGACAAAUAUUAUAAAAUCCACUUUGAUGUCUACUCAUGGUUCAACAUAAAAUUUGAUUACUUUGGCCGCACAACUACCGAGCAACAAACAAAAAUUGCUCAAGAUAUUUUCUGGAGACUUCAUAAAAGAGGACAUCUUCUUGAAGACUCCAUAGAGCAGCUGCAGUGUACAGCUUGUAAAAGAUUUUUAGCUGAUCGCUUUGUUGAAGGAACAUGUCCUUUUUGCAAUUAUGAGGAUGCCCGUGGUGAYCAGUGUGAUGCUUGUGGUAAAYUAAUCAAUGCUAUUGAACUGAAAAACCCYAAAUGUAAAGUAUGUGGUGGCAAACCAGAGGCCAAGUCAAGCAAACAUUUGUUUUUAGAUCUUGCUGAGCUUGAGCCAAACCUCAAGGCCUGGGUAGAAARUUCUUCAAGUGAAGGAAACUGGACUGUUAACUCCCGACAGAUCACACGCAGCUGGAUACAGGAAGGUUUAAAGCCACGGUGCAUCACCCGAGACCURAAGUGGGGCACACCUGUACCUCUGGAUGGAUACACAGAUAAAGUAUUUUAUGUYUGGUUUGAUGCUCCUAUCGGAUACCUGUCAAUCACUGCUAAUUACACAGAAGAAUGGGAGAGAUGGUGGAAAAACCCUCAGCAGGUGACAUUGUAUCAGUUCAUGGCAAAAGACAAUGUUCCCUUUCACACAGUGGUCUUUCCAAGUACUCUACUCGGAGCCGAUGACAACUACACUUUGCUGAACAGCAUCUCGGCAACGGAGUACUUGAAUUAUGAAGAUGACAAGUUUUCCAAAAGUCGUGGUGUUGGUGUGUUUGGUGAUAAUGCGACCGACUCUGGAAUUCCUGCUGAUAUAUGGCGAUUUUAUCUUCUGUACAUGAGACCCGAGGGUCAGGACAGUAAUUUUAGUUGGUCAGACUUUGUAUUGAAGAACAACUCAGAAUUGUUGAACAAUCUUGGAAACUUUAUUAACAGAGCACUAAUGUUUUUGAAUAAUAACUUCAAUGGAGUUGUGCCAAACAUGGAACUCCARGAUGAAGACAAGAACUUYAUUGCCUUAGUCAAUCGUGAACUCAAGUCGUUCUUGGAUAACAUGGAAAAAAUCAGAUUACGCGAAGGUCUGAAAGUUGUGUUGAAUAUCUCUAAGUAUGGAAACCAGUAUGUACAGGCCAACAAGCCAUGGGUUCUAGUCAAAGGAGAUGACAAUGAAAGGAAACGWGCUGGGACUGUGAUUGGUUUGGCAAGUAACUUGUCGUUCUUGCUGUCUGUUCUGAUUCAUCCAUACAUGCCAUCAAUAAGCGCUGAGAUUCGCUCUCAGCUCCAGGUUGAGAGUGAUUUCAAUGUCCUCACAGAAUAUUUUAUUCCGAUACUAAAACCAGRACAUAAGAUUGGACAGCCCAAGCCGUUGUUUCAGAAGAUCGAACCCUCUCUUGCCGAUGAWCUGAGGAAAAAAUACGCCGGGCAAAAGAAAACCACACCCCAAAAGCCUGCCCCUAGUCCCAGUAAACCUCCCCCUGCUGCUGCUAAUGGUAACCAAGACAUAGAACGAUUACAGAAUGAAGUUACUGCACAGGGAGACAAAGUCCGCAAUCUUAAAACAAAUAAAGCCGAAAAAUCUGUAAUAGACGCCGAAGUCGCUCGCCUGCUGGACUUGAAGAAACAACUUGCACUUGCACAGGGAAAAGAYCCCGCUGAAAACACUGCCUCGACAAAAAGCAAAAAGAAAAACAAAAAGAAAUGA